AUGACUAGCUUCCAUCUGUCGAAUCACGUGGUUAAGACGCCGGGCUGUUAGUAGUUGACAUCCACAUCAGUCAAUGGUAAACAUCAAGAUGAAAGUGCUGUGUUUGAUAGUCUUGACAGGCUUUGCAAUUGCAAGUGCCACUGUCUACUUCGAGGAAACAUUCGACUCUGGUUGGGAAGACAGAUGGGUCCAGUCAACACAUAAAAGUGACAAUGGCAAGUUUGUGUGGAGUGCUGGAAAGUUCUAUGGAGAUGCUGAUAAAGACAAGGGUAUUCAAACUAGCCAAGAUGCCAAAUUCUACGCACUGUCUGGAAAGUUUGACAAAUUCUCUAACGAGGGAAAAGAUCUGGUUGUGCAGUUCACUGUAAAACACGAGCAGAACAUUGACUGUGGUGGUGGCUAUGUGAAGGUUUUCCCCAGCACUCUCAAACAGAAGGAAAUGCAUGGAGAAUCCCCAUACAAUAUAAUGUUUGGUCCCGAUAUUUGCGGUCCAGGUACCAAAAAGGUUCACGUAAUUUUCAACUACAAGGGACAAAAUCUUCUUGUAAAGAAAGAUAUUCGUUGCAAGGAUGACGUUUACACCCACUUGUACACUCUGAUUGUGAAACCAGACAACACAUACGAGGUCAAGAUCGACAAUUCAAAGGUCGAAAGCGGAAAGCUGGAGGAUGAUUGGGACUUCUUGAAGCCCAAGAAAAUCAAGGACCCUGAAGCCAAAAAGCCCGACGACUGGGAUGAGAGGGAGAAGAUUGAUGAUCCCAAUGACAAGAAACCCGAGGACUGGGAAAAGCCCGAGCACAUCCCCGACCCAGAUGCAAAGAAGCCUGAUGACUGGGAUGACGAGAUGGACGGAGAAUGGGAGCCACCUAUGAUUGAUAACCCAGAAUUCAAGGGUGAGUGGAAACCAAAGCAGAUUGAUAACCCAGCCUACAAGGGAAAAUGGAUCCAUCCAGAAAUUGAUAACCCAGAAUAUGUGGCAGAUGAUAAAUUGUACAGUUACUCAGACAUUGGAGUCAUUGGUUUUGAUUUGUGGCAGGUUAAAUCUGGUACGAUCUUUGACAACAUUCUCAUCACGGAUGAUGUUGCCCAUGCUGAGAAGGUAGGCAAGAACCUUUGGGAAAAGACCAAAGAUGCUGAGAAGAAGAUGAAAGAUUCCCUCGAUGAGGCUGAGAGGAAGGCACGAGAGGAGGAGGAGGCUAAGAAGAAGAAAGAAGAUGAAGACAAAAAGGAAGAAGAGGAUGAUGAUGAGGACGAGGAAAAUGAAGACAAGAAGGAUGAAGAGGAUGAUCAUGACCACGAUCACGAUGAUCAUGAUGAGUUGUAGGCCUGCAACAUUGACACGCCAUCAGUCACUCAUCAUCACCUUUCUCAGCAAUGUCACUUCAUCAGUCAUCACCAGAAAGUUCCAUAGUCAUUGUACAGCAGCUGUAUAUAUACACGAUCUGUGCGGCAACCAUCUUAUUGCCUUUAAUCCAUUGACAUUGCAUAGAGCACUUGUGAAACAGUUGCUAAUAGGUCAUAAUCAUUGUUUUACAAUUGAUACUUUCUUCGUUAUUAUGUUCAUUUUGUUAUCGUGGUUAUUUCUUUAACAAAUUAUAAUUAGAUAUUGGAAGAACUUAUUCUCUGAAAUGCAAAGGUGCCCAUUUUCACUUAGAUUUGGCAACUUACAUAUACCACACAAUAGCCAAAACAGCGGAAACAUUUGGUUACAUGUGUUUUUUUCUGUAGAAAGAGUACUAUCGUUCUGUGAUAUUCUAUAGAAUGUACCAUUUCAGAUAAAUUGGUAAACGUGUUGUCAACCAUUAUGUUAAAUAUUGUUACCUCCAUGGGAUAUGUUUUUAUUUAAUGUAUUGACUGUGACACUUGUGGCAUAGUGACAUAUUUCUUGAAUUGCAACAUUCAGAAAAGGUAAUUUGAUGUUCUUGGGAUUAUGAAUCAUGUUACGCAUGUUUGAAAGUAUAACUUUAUUUUUGUUUGCUUGUUUGUGUACAAGUUAUAUGCAAGUUUUAGUUAUUGUUUUAUCAUUUUAAUACCUUCUCUUAAUGUUGCAACUAUUUAACAAUAACGAUAAAUGAAGUUCAAUGCUGUGAAUAUCAUGGUAUUAAAAUCUUCAACAACAAAA